AAAUUUUGAUACAAAGGUUUUAAUAUAAUAUAAUGAGUGGCUACGAUAGUGCUUUAUCAAUUUUCUCACCAGAUGGACAUGUUUUUCAAGUUGAAUAUGCAUCAGAAGCCGUAAAGAGAGGUACUUGUGCUGUAGGGGUUAGAGGAAAAGAGUGUGUUGUUUUAGGAUGUGAAAAGAGAACUACAUUGAAAUUACAAGAUCCACGAAUUACCCCAUCAAAGAUAUGUAAAGUUGAUAAUCAUGUUUUAUUAGCAUUUGCCGGAUUGAAUGCCGAUGCUAGAAUUUUAGUUGAUAAAGCUAGAGUGGAAGCCCAAUCGCAUAGAUUAACUUUAGAAGAUUCAGUCACCGUGGAAUAUUUAACAAAAUAUGUUGCUGGAGUGCAACAAAGAUAUACCCAAUCCGGUGGGGUUAGACCGUUUGGUAUUGCCACCAUCAUUGCUGGAUUUGAUAGUAAUGAUAAUACACCAAGAUUAUAUCAAACUGAACCUUCAGGAAUUUACAAUGCAUGGAAAGCACACGCAAUUGGUAGAUCCUCUAAAACUGUGAAAGAAUUUUUGGAGAAAAAUUAUGAAGAAGAAUUGGAUGAUGAACAUACUAUUAAAUUAACAAUAAAAUCAUUAUUAGAAGUAGUUCAAACUGGUGCUAAGAAUAUCGAAGUAUCAGUUUUAAAAUCUAAUGAUCGAAUUCAUAAAAUGACUGUUGAUGAAAUCAAAAAGUAUGUUGAUGAAAUAGAAGCUGAAAAAGCUGCUGAAGCUGAAAAGAAGAAGCCAAAAUCUAGAGAUUAA